AUGUGGUACUCCAAAGGGUUUGGGUGCUUAUUGUUGUGUUGCGUGAUUGAGAGAGUGGCUUGUGCUACUAUUGGGGCGUCUUCGAGGCACAAGCCAGUGACUGGGCAGCUGCAAAAUGGCGCUAGUGAAGAAUCUUCAAGGCAAGCUGAUGUACCUUCUCCUACGCAGCCCUUGACUUUGUUACCCACUAGCUCUCUGCAGCCUGUUUGGGUGCAAUGCCACGAAGACGAAAUGGUGAUAGCCGUUCACAGAGAUCUGUUUGGGACCGGGCAGCUGAUCCAAGCUGUUGAUCUCCACUUAGGCCUGCAAGGCUGCCGAUAUACUUCUGCUGGUGUUUCUGACUUGGUUGUUUUUGAGGUGGGGCUUCAGGAGUGUGGCAUCAAUCUACAGACAACAGCAGACUCCCUGUUCUACCACACAAGACUAUACUAUAACCCAAGCUCUGCAAGCAGCCCUGGAAUUGUAAGAAACAGCUCGGUAGAGAUCCCUAUUGAGUGCCACUACCCGAGGGAAGAUAAGGUGAGCAACAAUGGCACCAAGCCCACCGGGGUUCCUUUUACUUCGACAAAGUCUGUGGAAAGAGGGUUCCGCUUUUCCUUGCGUCUGAUGACUGAUGACUGGAGUGCCGAGAGGGAGUCUACUCGAUAUUGGCUGGGAGACUAUCUCCAUAUCCAAGCAGACGUCGAGAGGGAAGGAGACCAUUUACCUCUCAGGCUAUUGGUCGAUAGCUGUGUGGCCAAACAGACGCCAGAGGAAGAUGCCAGCUUACAAUAUGCAAUUCUUGACUUCCAUGGAUGCCUGGUCGACGGGAGAAUUCCUGAUGUGAAAUCCGCCUUCAAAAUCCCAAGACCGCGCCUGGAAACACUCCAGUUCACCAUAGAAGCCUUCAGAUUUUCUGGGGACAUAAGGAACUUGAUCUACAUUGCUUGCCAUCUGAGAGUCGUUGCGACCGACAAAGGACCAGAUCCUCUAAAUAAAGCUUGUUCGUUCAACAGCCAAAGAAGCCUUUGGCUACCAGUAGAAGGCUCUGAGGACAUCUGCAACUGCUGUGAAACUGGGAACUGUGUAUCAUCUAAAGGAUGGCCCAGCACAAACAACCCCAGCAAUCGCCGUACAUCAGAACAGAGGGAACAAGUGACUUUGGGGUCAGGUAUGCUCUAA